UUCUUCCAUCUUCUUCUUCUUCAUCAUUUCACAAGUCUCUCUCUCCGCCUCCCAUGGCCGACCGCGUUCAUCCCGCCGACUCCCCCCGUCCGAGCACUUCCUCCACCGUCUCCGACUCCAAACCUCCCUCUCCACCGCCCGGCACCUACGUCAUCCAGCUCCCCAAAGACCAGAUCUACCGCGUUCCUCCCCCCGAAAAUGCACACCGUUUCCAACUCUACACUCGCCGCAAGCAACGCCGCAACCGCUGCUGUUCCUGCCUCUUCUGGCUACUCGGUAUACUCACCGUCCUCGUCAUUCUCCUAGGUAUUGCCGUCGCCGUUUUCUACUUAGUCGUUCGCCCUAAAUCGCCUAAUUACUCGAUCGACGCCAUUGCCAUUUCUGGACUCAACUUAACCGCUUCAUCCUCCUCCGUGAUCUCGCCUGUGUUUGAUCUGACUGUUCGAGCGGAUAAUCCGAACAAGAAGAUCGGAAUCUAUUAUCAGACAGGUAGUUCUGUUCGAAUUUAUUUCUCUGACGAGAAGCUUUCCGAAGGCGUUUUGCCUGAUUUCUUUCAGCCUUCGAAGAAUGUUACCGUGUUUCGAUCUUCUGUGAGAGGCUCUGGCGUUAAUUUGUCGAGUACAGCGAAGAAUACGUUGAUUGAUUCGCAGAAACGGCGGGCGGUGGCGUUGAAGGUGGAGAUUCGAGCGCCGAUUAAACUGAAAAUAGGAUCGGUGAAGACUUGGGAAAUGAAAGUGAAGGUAAUUUGUGAUGUGACGGUGGAUCAGUUGACGGCGGCGGCGAAGAUUGUUUCGAAGAAUUGCGAUUAUAGUGUGAAGCUUUAGUAAGGAUAUGAAUUAUCACUCACUGAGUUUUUUCUUUUCUUUUUUUUUUUUUUUUCCUUCUUAUUUUUUAUUUUCUGUUAUACUGUAAACUUUUGUAAUGAAACAGACGACUUUUUUUUUCUUCUGACAUGUGAUUUUGCGGUGACGAAAUAAAAUUUCCUGAAUUACUUUAGGAGGAAAAUUAAUAUUUUUUAUACAAAACUUUAAUGUGUAACGAUGGAUUAUAUUUUCACCUCGAUAUUAUACCCGUCGAAAGCACAACUUAAUUAUGCUUGU